AUGAAGCCGCGAGACCCGCAGACUGCGCCAGACGCGUGGUUGAAGCUGGCAGAUACAGCGUGGGCCUACGAGAAGGACCGUGUCGAACGAUGGCGGAAUGAAAUCAAUACACUUCUCGUCUUUGUAAGUCACGUUCACGCCUUCGCUGGCUUGUUUUCCGCCGUCCUCACUGCGUUCGUGGUUCCGUACUAUGCCGUUCUGCUGCCGGCACCCGACUUCAACACCGUCAUCCUCGAGCUCAUAUCCGCGCAACUCGGUAACACGGCUACGAACGCCGUCGUCGCGGCCGCCAGCUCCUCGAAUUCGGUGCUGAUGCCGAAGGUUCUUGCAAAUUCCUCAUCCACAAGCUUCUCCUCGCCACCCGCUGCACCCCGUUGGAUCGCCUCGUUGUGGUUCGUCGCCCUAAUCUUCAGUCUCAGCGCGGCGUCGGUAGCUUUAGCCGUGAACCAAUGGUUGAACUUCCACGCGACGGAGCAAGCUGGCCUGCAAGACGCAUCCCAGAAGGUCUGGACGUGGCAACUCCGUAGGCAUGCACUGGACAAGUGGCAAGUGGAAUACAUUGCCAGUAUCCUUCCGUUUCUCCUUCAGGUGGCCCUCGUUCUCUUCUUCAUUGGGAUUGUGGGUUACCUCUGGGAGCUUGGCUUCGACAUCGCUAUUCCGAGCACGAUCGGCGUCGGCGUCCUGCUUCUAUUUCUAGUUGUCACUUCCGUGUCACCCGCAUUGGUCGUUUACAGUCCCUACAAGUCACCCCAAGCAUGGUGGAUAUGCGAGGCUUGCAGGCGGAUGCGGUGGGCAGUCUACUGGACA